AGUGACGUCAGGAAAACCGGCGCCUAGUGUUUGCGUCUCUCCCGCCAUCUUUCCAGCCGGCUUCCAGGAGAGGAACACGUUGCUGGAAAAAAAGAAGUUUCAGCCCGAAUUAUCGGUAUUUAUACGCCGUUUCCCGCCUGGUUUAAUUGAAGCCGAAGGAAGGGGGCCAAUCGGGGGUGAGUUUGAAAUGUAGUGGUUCGGGUUUUGUUGUUAUUUAAGCUUUGUAGAGGUUAAAAAAGGAGCGCUGUUCCGUCGCCGAGCAGCUGUCAGAGUGCGGGCCCUGUGAUGCUAACCUGAUGCUAACGGCCUCUAAAGCUUCACCUGGAGGUCCGGUUUAGCUCCAGGUGAGCUUUUUAUAACAACUCUAAAGCCAUAUGAGGCCAGGGGUGGAAUCAGCUGAAAGUUAUACUGCGUAGUUUGAGACGCAGAUGCUGUUUUUAGCGGAGUGGUCCGAAAAUAUCUCAUAACUGCGAAUUCCGUUUAAAAAUACACUUAUUCUAAGAUUUCUCACUUUUGAACAUCAAAAUACACACAUAAUGUGAAAAUCGGAUUGUUAUUUCGGGUCUUCCCGACUGGAUGAUGAAGUCGGGGUUUGAAUGAGUCACAGAUCUGCAGGUUAUUUGAGGACAGCUCACGCUUUGCAGCUGCUGACACCGCCCGUAAUGUUGCGCAUCUAUCCUGAGAUUUUGUCCAAAUAAUCGCAGAUCAAUCGUUAAUACAACCAUAAUCUCAUCUAUACGCGUUUAACCCUUUGCGAGGUAGGCGUUUGAGCGUGUAGGUGACCACAGCUGAAGAGUUAGAGGCCUUUAAAUAGCGCAGCAGCAGACAUCUGCGCUCGCCUCUGAUGCGACGGUAAAAAGGCCAGAUUUUUAAAUGGAGUCUGGUGUGAGUCAUGCCCUCUACAAAAACACCGCACAGCGCGAUCGGGAGCGGUUUACAGCGGCUCUAUCUGCGUCAGUUCAUCCCCCCCAGAGGGCCUGAGAUGAAAAUCCUCGAAACCAGAUUGUGUCCUUAAAGCAGAGAAGUAUGAGAAAGUGUGGUGUAAUCAGGGUCAUGAGGAGGUUAGCCCAUUGUAAAAGUCACAGGCUCUGUGUUUUUGUUCAGAGAGAAUAUGUGGCUUCAGCAGAGUGGACACAGAUUGAGUCUGGCUAUAGUCCCCUGUAUGUAAUCUUCUAAUCUAAUAUUCAAUAAUUCCUCCCUAUAGAUGAUCCAGACCAGCGAUUUAGGUCCUCAUACCGACGCCUGGGCUGUGGUCUCGGCUGGUAUGCAUCAAAAAGUAUCCUAGUCCAACUAGAACUGUUGAAAAACUCACUUAUAAAAUCAAAACUCUUCUCUGGAUGGUGUCAUAACUAAGGGCGCGUUCACACCACCCUCGUUUAGUCCGGUUGAACCGAACCCUGGAGCGUUCACCCCCUUGGUGCUGUUCGUUUGGGUCGGUGUGAAAGCUGACAUCGAUCUCUGAUCCGUCUGAAGAGGUGGUCUCGGACCGCUAUCAAGUGAACUCUGGAGCGGUUCAUUUCUGGUUUGAACGUCAUCCACACCAAUCACAGGAAACGCACCACACACGCCGUCUCGUCUUUAUCCGUCUGUUUGCCGCAUGUCUACUCCGGAAUGUUGAAUGGCAUGUAUGAGCCGUUCAUACGUGCGAUCGUCGAGCGUCUUUUGAUACGCGCUCCAGAUGAGUAGCAAACGCAAAAUCAGCCUAUGAUGCUCCAUGACGGGCGAAAACAGCAGAGCGGGGUUUGGAUUCCCGCAUAAACUAAUGACCAAUAGCUGAACGAUAUUCGCGGUCACGUGACUUUUGGUUCCAUUUUCUGGAGCGAUUGAGUUUGUCCUUUGUGAACACAAACCGGACCAGUUAAACGAUCAAAACAAAUGGAUCAUGAAUCAUUGGAUUCAAAUCAGGAAACAGACCUUAAGGUGUGAAUACGACCUAAGUGUAACUUUCUGUAAAAUCCACUCGCUCCUUGAGACCGGCAACUAACCAGAAUUAAACUCUGAGUGUUUCCGUGACACCCAGGAACUUUUUCUAUGUAACAGCAGGGCUCGACGCUAACUUUUUCCACGGUUUCGCACACAUCUAUUUUUAGUCGCAAAUGCGAGUUAAACAGUCGCACUGUCGAUCCCUGGACAGAGAAGGUCCAGCCCCCCCAAAACAAGGAAAUCUAAUGAUUCAUGAUUUAACUUUAGUGAUAUCGUGCUGUUUUUCUUGUUAGCUCACUGUGCCAGACAGCGGCAUCUGUGUUCUAGUCUGUACUAUCAUCCAUCACAUGUAAAGGCCCAAUCAGAAGCCUGGCUCACCUAAAUAACGUCCCCACUUCUCUAACUCCUCUGCAGCUCUACAGGUGCUAUCGUCCGUCAUUCCAGCCUUCCAACAUGGCGGAUAAAAACACCAGGAUCGCCAUCGUCAACCACGACAAAUGCAAACCUAAGAAAUGCCGUCAGGAGUGCAAGAAGAGCUGCCCUGUGGUCCGCAUGGGUGAGUGAACGAAGGGCCUGUUUUCAAGUAAGACAUGUAUUAGAUGGUGAAAAUGACCCCGAAUUCACGUGUGUCUGUGUUUGCAGGUAAGCUGUGUAUCGAGGUGACUCCACAGAGUAAGAUUGCCUGGAUCUCCGAGUCUCUAUGUAUAGGCUGCGGCAUCUGUAUCAAGGUAAACCUGGACUCAGAUUUAGUCUGUUUGUCCUGUGAGGGGGGACGUUAAGGAAGCAGCAAAGACUAACCCCCAAUUUCCACCGCAUCCGGAAUGGCGGCUAUUUUCGACAUUCUCCAUUUGUGAAGUGAAUUUCGUGGCGGAUUACGGACAGCUGGAACCGCAAGAACUCGCGGAUAACUUAAAUGGUUACGAUCCGCGGAUAGGCCUUUUCAUUGCCGUUCCGGAUGUGGUGGAAAUUGGGGUUUAUGGAAGUGUCUCUGAUGUAAAAACUUCGCCUUCGUCAUAUUUUGGUUGUGUUUUGUCUCUGUAGAAAUGUCCGUUUGGAGCGUUAUCAAUCGUCAACCUGCCAAGCAACCUGGAGAAGGAAACCACACACAGAUACUGCGCCAACUCCUUCAAACUGCACCGGUACGCCGCUGAAGCUCCGAGUAGCUUUUCUGAAUUUAGUCCACAAUGUGCAGUUUUUGUGCGACUGUGAAGCUCGUUUAUUUAAAUCACUGCAUUCAUUCCUCUCGAUAACCAGCCUAAAAAUAAACGUACCUGUGUGUUCAGGCUGCCCAUCCCUCGGCCCGGCGAGGUCCUGGGACUGGUGGGGACCAACGGUAUUGGCAAGUCCACGGCUCUGAAGAUCCUGGCCGGAAAACAGAAACCCAACCUGGGGAAGUAUGACGUGAGUGUUGAAACUUCCUGCAGAGCGAUCGUGACUCAGUUUGAAGAUGAUCAUCUGUUUCAGACCCGGCUGUCCUGAUGAGAUAAACGUGGGUGCGGCUGCUCACAGCUGCGGUCUGUCUCCUGACAACCACCGACAAAGCUUUUGUCUCCACGCCUCGUUUCCUGCGCUGCGGCUCAAAUAACCACCAAAAUACGCCUCUGAUGGUGUUUUUUCUUCCCCAGAAUCCUCCAGACUGGCAGGAGAUCCUGACCUACUUCAGAGGGUCUGAGCUGCAGAAUUAUUUCACCAAAAUCCUCGAGGACGACCUGCGGGCCAUCGUCAAACCGCAGUACGUCGACCAGAUCCCAAAGACCGUGAAGGUGCGUGAAGAGAGCGAUUUUUCAGGCUCUGUUUUUGAAGGUCUGGUUUAGAUCUGGUUGUAAUUCCUCAUGUCUGCCUGCAGGGGUCAGUAGGGGCCAUCCUGAGCAGGAAAGAUGACACAGACACACAGGACAUCGUCUGCCAACAGCUUGGUAAACACACACACACACACACACACACACACACACACACACUCUAAAAGACAGAUUUCAAACUCUGACGUAAAACAUGAAUUAAAAAAUCAAAAAGUUGAGCAACUGUCAGAACAACCUCACCUUCAAAUAUUUUUCAAAUCCUGCUGAUAAAAAGCGGUUCCUUUUCUUUUUUUUUUUUUAAAUCUAAAGUUUGUGCUUUUUUCUGAUUGGCUGAUUUUUUUGUUGUUGUUACCGGGCAGAUCUGAGUCACCUUCGGGAGAGGAACGUGGAGGAUCUGUCCGGAGGAGAGCUACAGAGGUUCGCCUGCGCCGUCGUCUGCAUCCAGAGAGCCGACAUGUAAGCGAACCACAAUGUUUUUACCGUUUCACGAUCUUUGACCUCCGACCGUCUCUGUGAAAGCUGCUGAUUCCUCUUUUUUUUUUUUUCUCCACCACAGUUUCAUGUUCGAUGAGCCGUCCAGUUACCUGGAUGUGAAACAGAGGCUGAAGGCCGCCAUCACCAUCCGCUCACUCAUCACUCCAGACAGGUAACGAGGGGUUUUGUUUAAGGCUAGGUUCGCAAUUCUGAUUUUCUGAUUUUGAACGACUGCACAAAAAGAUCGGAUUUAACAACAAAUCCGAAAUUGUGCAUCAUAACCUGCAGUGUGAAGGUAGCCUAAUAUGAAGGAAUUUAAAGGGGACCUGUAAGAAAAACAAACAAAUAAUAAAUGAAUGAAAAAAUAAAAAUCUAUCAAAAAUGGAAAAAGGCAUGAAGGGGUUAAUUAAACAAAAUCUGAAUUUAUAUUUUGGAGAUGAUUUAAUAGUAAUUAAAGUAAAAAUAUGAAAUAAAAAUGGAAAAGACUGAAUAAAUAAAAUUUUUGUGAAAUAAUGAAAAAUUUAAAUAAUGGGUUAAAUUGAGAAUAUUGUCGAAAUUUUUUUUAAAAAAUCUUUAAAUUUCAAGAAAAGCGAAAAAAAUGAAUAAAAAAAAUACAAGAAAUUAAAUUUAAGUUCAAUAGGAUGAAAUUUUAAAAAAUAACCAAAAUGUAAAAAAAAAAUAAAACAAAUUUUAUUAAUCCAUUGAAACAGAUUAAAACCAAAAAAGGGAAAAAAUUAAUAGAUGAAAAAUGUUUAAAAUUGUAAUAAUUAAAAAAAAAUUAAAAUUAAAGGUACAGCUAAUUUAAUAAAUUUAAAAAAAAAAUGCAAAAACAAAUUUCUAAAUUGCCAAGCAAAAAGAAAAUGAAAUAAAUGUCCUUUCAGAUAAUUAAACUAUAAAAUAAAUCUGAAAAAUCUGUGUAAAAUUUUCAUAAAAGAUGAAAAUGUAUUGAAAAAUAUUGAGUAAUUAACUCAUGUCAAACUUAAAAAACUAUUUCAGAGCCAUUUUAAUGGAUUUAUGGAGGGUUUUUUUUGGUCUCUUAUUUUGAAAGGUUCCUGUGUGUGUUUCAGGUACAUUAUUGUGGUGGAGCACGAUCUGAGCGUGUUGGAUUACCUUUCUGACUUCAUCUGCUGCCUGUACGGCGUUCCCAGCGCCUACGGAGUCGUCACCAUGCCCUUCAGCGUCAGAGAGGGUAACGCUAGAAUAAAUCAGAUUAUUUAUCAUCACAUUCAUAAUAUUUUAAUUUGUUUUGGUAGAAAAUGAAACUCUGAGUCUUUGUUUUUUUUCUUCAGGUAUCAACAUCUUCCUGGACGGUUACGUUCCCACAGAGAAUCUCAGGUUUCGGGAAACCUCGCUGGUGUUCAAAGUCGCAGAAACGGCCAACGAGGAGGAAGUGAAAAGACUCCGACAUUACCAGGUCGGUCCGACUCGACUUGACUUUUUCAGAUUUGAUACUAAAACUUACUCUGCUGUCAAAAACUUGAUCCGCCGCGUCUCGUGAAUCGUUUCAGUACCCGAACAUGGCGAAGACGAUGGGCGAGUUCACUCUGGAAAUCAAAGGCGGCGAGUUCACGGACUCUGAGAUCAUGGUGAUGCUCGGAGAAAACGGUCCGUCUGGAAAAAAACAAACACAGUUUUUUGAGUUUGUCGUUAAAUAAUCGGAGAAAUUCAAAGUUAAUCUGUGAGUUUUUUUUUUUCUUUUUUUUGUAGGAACGGGGAAGACGACCUUCAUCAGGAUGUUGGCUGGAGGACUCAAAGCAGACAGCGGAGGUGAGUCUCGCACAAACAGUCACACACACACAAACACUCACACUCACACUCACACACACUGACCUGUGUUUCCUGUUCCAGGUGAUGUUCCCAUCCUGAACGUCAGCUACAAACCGCAGACCAUCAGCCCCAAAUUUAAGGUCCGUUCAGCUCCGUUGUUGUUUUAUAAUGGUAUUGUUUUAUUUAAAUCAAAGAGUUAAAAUAAGGUAAAAAGUUUUGGCUUAAUUUUUGCACAAAAAAAAAAAAAAACUAUAAAAAAAUAUAAUGAUGAUAGAGUUAGGUUCAUCAUUACUAUAUGAGAGUACAAACUAAAAUAAAAAUCAAAAUAAAAGGAAAAGAAAUUAUGAUAAUCAAACAAUGUCACGUUAACAUCGUUACGAAAAUAGUGAAACAUAAAAAUAAAGCAGAUAUAAUUUGUAGGACAAAAGUGAACUUAAGAGGGUACAUAACCCACCCAUCCCAUGAGCUCGGUUUGGUUAAAAAAAUAAAAUAUACACAAACACACAUACUUACAUUUAUAAACAACAAUAAUAUGAAAAUUAAAAUAAAAAUUAAUUAAUUCAUCAAAUAAAAAGGUAGAUGAUUUCAUAAUAGUACGGAAAAAAAAAAAUCGAAGACAGGAUAGUCUGAUCAUAAUAACAAUAAUAAUAUUAAUAUAAAUGAUAAUAAAUAAUUAAUAAAUAAAAAAUAACUAAUUAAGAGAUGAUAGCAUAAUAAUAAUAAUAAUAAAAAUAAUAAUAAAUGGAAAAAAACACCCAUUAAGAUAGGAUAGUCUAAUAAUUAUUAUUAUAAAUGGGAAAAAGAAACUCUAAGAUAGGAUAGUCUUUAGUAAUAUUAAUAAUAAUAAUAAUAAUAAUAAUGAUAAUAAUAAUAAAAAAAUCACAUAUCAAGACAUAAUAGCAUAAUAAUAAUAAUAAUAAUAAAUAAAAAAAAAAACACUAAUAAAGAUAGGAUAGUAUAAUUAUAAUAAUAGUGAUUAAAAAAUGAACAAAAAAUACUCAAAAAGUUUCAGCGUCAGCUCUGUUCAACCAGAAUUUUCGUUAUUUACGACAAAAACUGACGAAUUAUUAAAGUGUGUGUGUGUGUGUUUGUUUUUAGGGCAGCGUGAGAGCUCUGCUGCACGAGAAGAUCCGAGACGCCUACACCCACCCUCAGUUCAUCACCGACGUCAUGAAGCCCAUGCAGAUCGAGAGCAUCAUCGACCAGGACGUAAGACGCACGCACUCGCGUAGAUAGACUUCGACUCGCUCUCUAACCCGCGCGCUCGCUGACUCCUCCCCCUCUUCCUCCUCCCCCCUCAGGUGCAGAACCUGUCUGGUGGAGAGCUGCAGAGAGUGGCUCUGACUCUGUGUUUGGGCAAACCCGCCGAUGUUUAUCUGAUCGACGAGCCGUCGGCGUACCUCGACUCCGAGCAGAGAUUGAUGGCCGCCAGGGUCAUCAAGAGGUCAGCGCUCGCACGCCCUCACUUCUUAUCCUCUUCUUAUUCUCGCCUUUUUGUUUUUAAAACUUUACAUGUUUUUUUCUAUAAUUUCAGAUACAUCCUCCACGCCAAGAAAACGGCGUUUGUGGUGGAGCACGACUUCAUCAUGGCGACAUAUCUCGCCGACAGAGUCAUCGUGUUUGACGGGAUUCCCUCCAAGAUGACCUCGGCCAACACGUGAGACCUAAAAAAACAACAUUUCUAAUUUCUAAAAGCUUCACCAUAAUUUUCGUGCAAUAAAGCGCACCGGAUUAUACGCCGCACUGUAAAUUAACAUGUCUACGAUCACAUAUAAGGCGCACCAGAUUAUAUGGCGCACUGUAAAUAAACUUGUCUAUGUUCAAAGAUAAGGCGCACCGGAUUAUACGGCGCACUUUGAAUCUACAUGUCGAUGUUCACACGUAAAUCGCAACGGAUUGCAUGGCGCAUUAAGCAUUGAUUGGUUUAUUGUUGCUAGCGCGCACUUUGGGCCCGGGCUGCCUACAUGAACGCACUCCUAGUUUAGACAUCACAGUCAGGCAUUCUCGAUCAGGUAGCGACAAAGCGUAUCGUAACGCUCCGAAUAUCCUUUGUGGGGAACGGCUUCGUUGCUUACUUAAGUCGUACUUAAACAUUCCGACAGAUUUCUGAGCGCAUUGUACCACAUAAAAUCUGUCAGUAAGCACAACAAGUAAUCAUACAUGAGACGCGCUGGAUUAUAAGGCGCACUGUCAAUUUUUGAGAAAACUUUAAGGAUAUUAAGCGCGCCUUAUAGUCCAAAAAACACGGUAACUAAAAUCUUUUUGGGCGCGUUUUCUGAUUUUUUUAAUUUCUUUUCAGUCCUCAGAGUCUGCUGGCUGGGAUGAACCGCUUCCUGUCGCUGCUUGAGAUCACAUUCAGACGAGACCCGAACAACUUCAGACCGAGAAUAAACAAACUCAACUCCAUCAAGGUACCGAUUUUUUAAAAAAGUGAUGAACUAAAAUUAACUGUUUGUUCAGUAAUUAGAUUUUUUAAACUCGCUCUGAUUGGCUGUUUUUUUUUUCUCAGGACACGGAACAAAAGAAGAGCGGAAACUAUUUCUUCCUCGACGACUGAAAAGACGUUCUACGAGACCAACCGUGACUUCCUGUGGUGCGUUCAGGAGCGUUCACCACAGUGCGAGCUCUGCAGCCUGACAUUCAUCACAAGAACAACCGGGCUGCGUUCAACAACAGCAGCAGACAUGUUAACAUCAUAAAGAGAAAGCUAAAUGAAAAAUAAAAAAUCUAUCCAUCAGCCUUUGUGUACCGGGCUGCGUUCAAUAGCCAGCAGCAAUGUUGUGAAACGUUAUCAAAUGAAAGUGUAUCGCAUUCUGUGUCGGGUCAGCCUGAACAUACGAGGCUGCGUUCACACGCCAGCAACAUUGUGGAACAUUAAGCAGCGUAUUUUAACACUCAUGCAUUUACAACAACCGAAAAUAAACUUAUGAUACAGAUUAAAA